AACGGCACACUAUAAAUGUCUCUUCUCACUGAUGUGUACUCUUAUCUUCCUGUUCUGUUUUUUUUUCCCCUCAUUUGCAUUAACCCUUUCUUACCUCUUUAUGAACUUCUGGGCAUCCUCUUCUCAGAAGUGGUGGGAGACCAAUGUUACUCUGGACAUGGCCAGGAUGGAAAGGAACUAGCCAGACUUCUCCUUGGGAUGCUGAAGGGGCUUUAAAAGGUUUGUUGUGGCCACUGUCAGAAGCCUUCCCGGCUCCAACACUAACCCUUAACUUCCACCUCCACCCACUAAGACACCUGAGCAAAGGCGACAGCUGGGUUCAGGAAACCAUGCAUCAUGUCAGCAGGCGCCAACGGCCAACUUUAAACUCUGUUCAGCAUGUGGACGCGGCGCAGAAAUGAGCUGUCGGGACAAGCCAGGGCAACUCAUAAACUGGUUCCUCCGCUCGCUGUGCGUACCGAGGGUGCUGAAACUCUGGAGCAGCCGGCGCCCCAGGACCCGGAGGAACCUCCUGCUGGGCACGGCCUGCGCCAUCUACCUGGGCUUCCUGGUGAGCCAGGUGGGGCGCGCCUCUGUCCAGCACGGGGGGCCCGCGGAAAAGGGGCCGCACCGGAGCUGGGCCGCCCUCGAGGCCCCCUACCCUGAGAUACCCCUGGACGGCACUCUGGCCCCUCCCGAGGCCCAGGGCAAUGGGACCACGCUGCAGCCCAACGUGGUGUACAUCACCCUGCGCUCCAAGCGCAGCAAGCCCUCCAACAUCCGUGGCACGGUGAAACCCAAGCGCAGGAAGAAGUAUGCGGUGGCUCCUCGGGUUCAAGGACCCGAGGCUUUGGUCGGACCAUCCCUUCGGCCUCAGGAAGCUGCAAGGGCAGCUGAUGCUGAAGCGCCUGGGCACGUCCGGGGAGGAAACCUGGCCAAGGCUGGGGAGCGACCCUGGACGUGGAUCCGAGGUCCGGGAGCGCGAGGUGGGGGCGCAGAUGUGCAGUUGCCCAGGGCCAGGGAGAGCAACAUCAGGAUCUACAGCGAGAGCGCCCCGUCGUGGCUGAGCAGAGAAGACAUCGGCUGGAUGCGCCUGCUGGCUGAUGGCGCGGUGGUGGGUCUCCAGCCCGUCCGGUCCAGGAGCGGAGCGCGCCUGCUGGUGCUAGAGGAGACCGCCCGGCCCUCGGUGCCAGCCUGCGGCCCCAGCCCCUGCGGGCUGCUCAAGCAGCCUCUGGACAUGAGCGAGGUGUUUGCCUUCCACCUGGACAGGAUCCUGGGACUCAACAGGACCCUGCCUUCUGUGAGCAGGAAAUCCGAGUUCAUCCAAGACGGCCUCCCGUGUCCUUUCAUUCUCUGGGACUCAUCUUUAUCUCCAACAAGUAACGAGACCCACUCUUCUGUUAAGCUCACCUGGGGAACUUAUCAGCAGUUGCUGAAACAGAAGUGCUGGCAGAAUGGCCGAGUACCUAAACCUGAGUGGGGCUGUACUGAAAUACAUCACCACGAGUGGUCCAAGAUGGCCCUCUUUGAUUUUUUGUUACAGAUUUAUAAUCGCUUGGAUAUAAAUUGCUGUGGGUUCCGACCUCGGAAGGAAGAUGCCUGUGUACAGAGUGGACAGAGGCCAAAAUGUGAUGACCAGGGUGCUGUGGCUCUAGCCCACAUUGUCCAGCGAAAACAGGACCCAAGGCACUUGGUCUUUAUAGACAACAAAGGUUUCUUUGACAGAAGUGAAGAUAACUUGAACUUCAAACUGUUAGAAGGCAUCAAAGAGUUUCCCGAAUCUGCAGUUUCUGUUUUGAAGAGCCAGCACUUACGGCAGAAACUCCUUCAGUCUCUAUUUCUUGAUAAAGUUUACUGGGAGAGUCAGGGAGGUAGACAAGGAAUUGAAAAGCUUAUCGAUGUAGUAGAGCAGAGAGCCAAAAUCCUUCUCACCUACAUCAAUGCACAUGGGGCCAAAGUGUUACCUAUGAAUGAAUAACAAGAAGUCUUGAGGUUAGAGUUCUACACAUAUUUAUACAUUUUUGUUUUGGAAUCAAGUACAUCAACCUUGAGUCCUUUUAGGGAUGAGGCAGUGGAGAAGAAUACACAAACUAAAUGAAUUUAAUCAAGUAUAUAUGAUGAGCCUGAGCACUACAAGCAGACUUUAAAAGCUUUUACAAAUGCACUGCUGAAAAAAUAUCUGUUUACAUUUUCCUUUAACGUUAUGACCUGUGAGUCUCAACAUCUGAGCACAGAGUGGUUGCAAUUAUUAUCCCAGCUAGCUGUGUUAAAACAUCUGUCAUGUCAGUUAACAGGACAGUGCGAAUCAGAGGUGAUGACUCCUUUAAUAAACCAGAUUUGAUGCCAUUUUGCUGCUCUAACGCAAAUGGUUCUGGACGUCCUUCUGCUGCUAAUUGUUAGAACAGAGAGCUGGCUCAGCCCUACCCACAGGCAACUGUACGUUGGAAAACGGAGGUGUGUGAUCUGUAGAAAUCUCAGAGCCUACAGUAAUUCUUAGGAGAAAUGGUGGUUUAUUCGUAAAGCCCCCAGUGUAUAUUCUAUUAUAUCUAUAGAUGAUCAGCCAGCUCUGUGAUCCUAAGUGCAAGAAUCACAUUUUCCAUUCCUUUUUAGAAAUUCCUUUUCUAUACUGGCAACAAAAAAUGUAUUUUGUUGCCAGUAUAGAAACCAUCCACAUCCGAUGAUUUAUAUACCUUAGGUAGUUUUACUCUUUCAGUUUUGGUCCAACGUAUAUCUAGUGGCUUAGAAAUUCAACAAUUAUAAGGUAUUUACAUAUGUGAAAUUGUACUUACAGAGUGUCUCUUUGUUAGGUGGAUGUGCUCUCUUUUUACAUGUUUUGUCAUUUUUACAAAGGAUAUACUAUACUUUCUGUAUAUUUCAUUAAUGAUAGCGGAUUUGUUCUGUGUAAUUGUAUUUAAGCAGAAUUAAUUGAUAUUGUCCAGAUAUUGACCAUAGGACCAGACAUCGAAUGUGUUUAAAUAUAUUGUUUAGCUUAUUCUAAUAUGGAAAAUAUGGACAGCAAAAAUUAAAACCCAACUCUGAUUCUCCUCGAUGGAAGCACAUGACUGGAACUGAAACAGCAAAUUGGAGAACAUUUAGCCUCAAAUAAUUCUCUCCAAACUCUACCAACUUUUUAAUGAGGUGGAAGGACUUGAACACGUAAUAUUCAUGUGUUGAGUCUUCAUGUCCUUGGAGGUGUCCCCAUCAUGGUGUUUGAUAGAUGUUCACAUAGAGAUUUCAAAUCUUGGACAAAUCAUUAUUACCCUCCCCCAUCCCAACCCUUAUUAAGAAGCUAAUAUACUGACUUCUUUCCCUGAACUUUAAAAAUACAAUUUAAGAAUGUUUAGAUUGCAUUCUCUCCUCUGUUUUCUCAGUUCUGCAUGUUAUUCCUAAAGAGCACUUUGUUUUUGUGUUCUGAUCAAGACUUACUCAAUAUCACUGUAAAUUAGAAACAUUAAAGAAUUACAAUAAAGGCUAACAUAUCUAUAGAUUUUAAUUUAUACAAAUAUAUGAGGGCAAAUUGUCAAAAUAACAUGUUGAGUGCAAGAGAAUGUAGGCCAAGCAAAAAGGGAUCAUUUGAUCAUCUAAUUAUAACUUUUCUAGUCUCACAUUCAAGUCCUACUCUCAGCACCCAUCCUCUCUUCACUGUUCCCUCUCUAGCCCUGAGUGCCUCCCCCGUCCUACACAUUCAGAGUACUGUUGGACUUUCAUGAGUCUCCACUUCUACCUGCUGUGUUUGGGCUUUUUAAGAUCUCUUUAUGUCUCAAUAAUCAGCAUAUUAAUGAAAAAUUGGCCUAACAGAAGUCUGGAAAUCCAUACUCUACUUUAAAAUAACUCUUUGUCACGUUGCCUUAUACCUUGUCUUAUCAAGGUGGUAUAUUUGCAUUUUAAGAUGCUUUUUAUGGAAUAUAUCAUCUUAUCCAAAUUUGUGAUAUUGGUGCUGGGAAUUCCAGGUUCCUCAGAAGCGGCUUUAAUUUUGCAUUUCAAACUACACCACUUUGGGGCAGCUUGGUCCUCCCACUAGUGGGUCUGAUUGUUUAUUUGCCUCCAGUUUUUCUGAAAUGCCAAAUAUCAAAUGAAAGGUCCAGAAACACAUAUUUAUCUUAGUCACCAUUGCGUUUCAACAAUGUAUUUUGUUUUGGAAUCUGUGAAUAUUUCAUGCUGUAUUAUUUUUGAAUAAUGGAUGACUGAAGGCCAGACUUUUCAUUCUAAUAAGGAAUAUUCUUCUCUUACUGAAACAAUGGGAAAACUCUGUGCCUUUCACGUGUACUCAUUAUGCUGUGUUUUUGUUCACAUAGCACAUUAUGGGAUUUAUUUAUAACUUGAUAAAUUUAAAAUAGAGCAAUUUACCUGGGCAGACAUACAAAAGCUUAUUCUUAUGUGAUUAUUUUUAAGCUGAUGUUAUGAAAAUAAAUACAUAUAUAAUAAAAAUAUUAGAAAUUGAA